AUGCCCUCAGAGCACAGGCGGCCUCGCACUCGAAUCAAUUUGCCACAGAGCAGGAUCCUAUUGGAAGCCUUUGAGAGGAACCCACGGCCAGGCUUUGCUACUAGGGAGGAGCUGGCACAGAGGACAGGUUUGCCCGAGGACACGAUCCACAUCUGGUUUCAGAACAGAAGAGCGGGGCACAUCAACAGGGGCAGGCCCAACGCUCAAGGUCAAGACUUGCUGGAAUCACGUGGGGAGGAUGAGGGGCCUGGAGGUCCUGGUGGCAGAGAGCAUGUAGGUGCCCGGGACAGCUUGUUGCCACUGGUGGCAGCAGGGGUUACACAUACCUCGAAUCCCAGCGACCUGCCAACCUUCUCCACAGAGGCCCAGCAAUCCCAAUUGGAAGAGCCCUUGAUACCAGAGCAAGAAGAGGCCCCAAAUCAAGGAAGUACCAAGGGCCCUCUCCAGCUCCUCCUUUGUCAACAGCUAGACCAAAUCCAAGCGGAGGACCUUGUGCCAGCCCCUCUGCAUCUCCAUGGAGCUCUGGGUGGCAGGGAGCUUGAAG